AUAUCACAUUUCAUUCAUACUCAACAACAAAACACAAAACAAAACAAGAACAAAGUUCUCGUCUCUUUUGUUCUCCUGCCCUUCUCCUCAUCCACACCACCAUGGCUCACCGAACCACCGAACGGCGCAUUUUAGCUGGUGGUCCGAACUCCAAGGCAUCUUCCAUGGCUGACCAAACCCGCCAUAACCCAGAUCCCAUUUUACCUUCUAAACCUUCUUCUCUGCUUAAAAACAACAACAUCAGUCUGUCAAGAUCGCUUGACGCUGGUCAAACUGUCCGUACAGCUGAGAAACCCACCUCGCGGAACAAUAAAGUCCUUCUUAGUCUUAUAGACAGUACCUACUUUAAUCAACCCAAGUCGAAGACCGUGUCCUCCUCCGCCGCAUCUCCCGCUGUUGAUUCCUCCAAGCAUUCUCUUUCCAAAGCCAAAACUGGUCAACCGAGAAAAACGGUAAAUGACGACGACGACGAAGAAAAAGACUAUGAAAAAGUUGGUGGUGAUUCUUGUAAAGACCAGUCGAAGAAGUCAACAAAGGAAGGGGAGAAGAAGAAAUUUAGCCAAGUGAUGUUGAAAAGGGACAGCAAGAAAGAGGCUCACCCAGAAGAAUGGGUACAGCAGAACAACUUUGGGGUUUACCAAAGACAUUCGGUUUCCUUACCUUUCGCCGGAACAGGAAUCGGAACCGACGCCGGGAGUGGGAGAAGGAGGUCUUUAUGUGCGACCCAUGUUGAGCUAGCCGACGUGUUUGCGAGUAAUGGGGUUAAAGUGGUUUCGGCUGAUAUGCCGCCAUUUAUGCAGAUCCAUGCUGUGGAGUUUGCAAGAAAAGCUCAUGAUAGCUUAGAAAAGUUCACCUCCAGAACACUUGCUUCUGCUCUCAAGAAGGAAUUUGAUGGGGUAUAUGGACCAGCAUGGCACUGUAUUGUAGGGACGAGUUUUGGGUCGUUUGUGACACAUUCUGUAGGUGGGUUUCUAUACUUUGCAAUGGAUCAAAAGUUGUAUAUUCUUUUGUUUAAAACCGCUGUACAAAGAGCUGAUUGAAGUGUUUAAUAUUACAGUUGAGGAAAAAAAAGUUGCAAGAAUUUUUAGUGUAGGGGGGAGUUGAGGAGAGCUAAAAUCAUACUUUGUCUCCUUCUUUUAGAUAGUAUAUUGGUUACCCUUAUGGGAAAAAAAAGGUUAUGGAGAGAUGAUUCUGUCUCCCUUGCUUUUUUGAACAUGGACCUAUUAGGUGGUCUUGUAUAUCAUCCUCUAUGAUUGGGGCCAGUAAUGGAGAAGAAACCCCUUUUGACAAGGAUUGUUCUCUA